AUGGUCCAGAUACUGUCCCUCAUCCACAGCAAAAAUGGGACUCUGAGUAGCAUGCCCUACAUACCAGCAGACGUCACAAACCUAAAGGCAAAGUACCGUAGAGAGAGCAAGUUGGCUGACAUAGAAGACACGAUAGCCUACUUCGAUGAGAAAGCGAAAGCAAAUCCAGAUUUCUUCUACAGGAUAAGAUUGGACGAUGAGGAACGUGUCAGGAACAUGUAUUGGUUCAGAUGCGGGCUCGUUCGGAACGAAGACACGGAUGGGUACACUUGGCUGUUCAAGACCUUCUUGGAGUGCAUGGGUGGACUUGCUCCGAUGAACAUAAUAACAGACCAGGAUUUUAGCAUGCGUGCAGGUAUAGAGGAGGUCUUUCCGUUGGCAGUGCACAGGCACUGCAGGUGGCACAUUAUACACAAGGCUGAGGAGACACUAGGACCGUUCUUUGCUGACCGUCCAGAGCUGCACAAGGCAUUCGAGCUGUGUGUGGACCACAGCUUAACGGUGGAGGAGUUUGAACGGAGCUGGAUGACUAUGAUUGAAACAUAUCAAGUCCAAGACAACGAGACGCUUGGUAGCCUGUGGGAGAAGCGAAUGUACUGGGUGCCGGCCUACUUCAUGCACUUCUUCUUCCCAUUUCUGCAGACUAUGCAGCGAAGCGAGGGGUUCAAUGCUGUUCUGAAGCGGUACGUGAGCCUUGGCAACUCAUUGCUCCAGUUUGCCAAGCAAUACACGGCUUUGCAACAAAAAAUACUGGGAUCUGAGCUACAGCAAGAAGCAAACACCGCGCUCAAGCAGCCUAAAUUGCUAACAUAUUUGGAGAGGCAGAUGAGCAAGACAUAUACCAACAAGAUUUUUAACAAGUAA